GACAUUCAUUGCAAAGCGCUGCUGCUGCGGUAUGAGCGCAAUUUGCUACGAGAUGGCGAUUAUGUGAGCUGUACGGCCUACAAACAAUUAGGACGGAGUCUGGAAGGAUUACUCGAGUUGCUUGUGCGAUGGGAAACCAAGAGAACGCCUCGAGGAUUUAAUUGGAUUUCGAUAGGUUGUUUUGCGGUGUUGGAGUUCCGUCUUGGUCGCGGUAGGCCGCAGAAACCUCGGGCUGGAUUAUUGUCACUAGACCGAAAGGGCAUCUGGAGCUCUCUGCGAAGUCUCAUAAAGCCCGCGUGGCGACAUUUAACAACGUGACGUGUCGAUAUACAUUUAGUUAUAUGCUUUUAAUUUCAUAUAGAAGGGUUGUCUCGCGCUGUCGGGCUUCGCUGAUUUACUCGCGAUAAUCUACGAAAGGCCGCAGAAGCCUCGGGCUGGAUUUAUUGCGCUGGCCCAGGAGGACAUUGGGAACUAGCUAGAAAGUCGCUAAAAGCAUUUUAGCGACGUUUAACCGUGUACCGUAUUAAAAUUUACGGGGGUACAUCCAUUCGUUACCUAAUUGUAAGUGAGUUUAGUGUUUUACGUUAUUGAAAAAGUUCCCCGAGGUUGCAAGAUCGCUAGCGCAAUGAAUGAAUGAAUGAAUGAGGCCGGGGGACGUUUAUAGCCACUCUCUUCCUUUUUAUUGGGAAAGUCGUCAUCUUCCUCAUUGGUCUUUCGGGGUGCGAGUAACUCGGGACUUGUUGGCUGUCGCUUCCCCCGCUAAUGGCCGAGGGGAAUGCCGUCGCUGGGAGUUGGCGGACGGCAGCCGUUUAGCAUGAUGAGCUAAUUGGAAUGGUAACACUGAGCCCCGGUGUGUGAGAGCAGGGCAAGGUAUCAGGCAAUCAGCUAGCGAAGCGUUACAAGCAUUUGGACCACUUUGGGACACUGCGCGCACACAGCCUCCCGGCGGCCCGUCCGGCAUGGGGAACACUGUGUCAUGCUGCGUCUCCCCGGAGUCCAGCCCCAAGCUCCCGUCAAGGCAGCCGGCCGAACGGCUGGAGGAGUUCCUCACCAGCACGGAAGUCAGUGACGACAACAGCGCCCCCUACCUGCAGCACAUCAGCGACAGAGAAGUCCCAGACGAGCUGGCCUUGGAGUCCAACCCGUCAGACCACGCCCGAGCCAGCACCAUCUUCCUGUGCAAGUCCCAGACAGAUGUGCGUGACCGGAGGAAAAGUAACCACAGCAACCACAUCAGUCACGUGUCUCCCGGGCCGCUGUCCAAGAAGUAUAGCUCGUGCUCCACCAUCUUCAUUGAUGACAGCACCGUCAGCCAGCCCAACCUCAAAAGCGCAAUCAAAUGUGUCACUUUAGCAAUCUACUACCACAUCAAGAACAGGGAUUCAGACCGUUCUCUGGACAUCUUUGAUGAGAAGCUGCAUCCUUUAUCAAGAGAGGCGGUGCCGGACGAGUACGACUGCAUGGACCCCGAGCACAAAAUCAUCUAUCGCUUCGUCAGGACGCUCUUCAGUGCAGCACAACUCACCGCCGAAUGUGCCAUUGUCACACUCGUGUACCUGGAGCGCCUGCUGACGUACGCCGAGCUGGACAUUUGUCCGUCCAACUGGAAGCGCAUCGUGCUGGGCGCCAUCCUGCUGUCCUCCAAAGUGUGGGACGACCAGGCCGUGUGGAACGUAGACUACUGCCAGAUCCUCAGGGACAUCACCGUCGAGGACAUGAACGAGAUGGAGCGCCACUUUCUGGAGCUGCUGCAGUUUAACAUCAACGUACCGGCCAGCGUCUACGCCAAAUACUACUUCGACCUGAGGCAGCUGGCCGACGACAACAAACUCAGCUUCCCGCUCGAGCCGCUCAACAACCAGCGGGCGCACAAGCUCGAGGCCAUCUCGAGACUGUGCGAAGACAAGUACAAAGACCUGAGUCGAGCGGCCAUGAGGCGUUCGCUCAGCGCCGACAACCUCAUCGGCAUCCGGCGCUCCAACGCCGUACUCUCGUAAGGCCGCCGCACCCUCCCUGCUGCCAACUCCUGUUUCACACUCGUAUUUUUCUACCUUGUAUUUAUGCGCGGCUCACCCUGGUCACAUGAGCACAUCUCGUAUGCCGUAUAGGCAAUAUGAAACUGCAUUUGGGUUGAGGAGGAGGAAAUAUGACGCCGUACGACGACUAACCGGUUCUUCCCAUUUCCACAACA